UUGAAUGCAUUCUAUAAAUCCAAAUAGAGUGUAUUUUAUGGAUAUUGAUGUAAUAACAGCUUCAUAUUUACCUGGCAUAUUUUCAGUGAAUUUAUAUAACAAUUGAAUGUUGUCAUUGAUCUGACAUGAGGUAGCAUAAAUCACAAGCUGUAUUUCCUGCCAGGAUGUGGUGCUGAACACAAAUGUGGGGUCUAGAAUUAAUAAUUUAAUACAGUCUUCUGAAAAGGAAAGCAGCUAAAACAAUGAUCAGUGCUGAACUGAAGAAUAAUACUUUGAAGACUGUAUGAUUUUGUGGAAAUUAGUUUUAAAUUGGCUUUUCUGAUUACUAAAUAUAGUAUAAAAAUAAGGAAAUCAAUGUGUUUAAGAAAGGAGGGAUGUUAGUUGAGAGGCUGAACCAUGAACACUGACUAGAAGAUUAACUGUUAUUUUCGGUAAAUCACAUUUGACAGCUGUGAAAGGCUGAUGUAGCUCUCAAAUGUAGUAUUAGUUGUACUCCACAAACAGGGGCAUAGAUUGUUCAUUUCCCUUAUAGCACAUUUUAGCCAAUUAAAAACCUGUCUGGAGAAUUAAAUGUACAUUAUGGCUUAAGUUAUAAGAGGGGAAACAGUACAGAACUAUUUUUUCCCCCGGUUCAUUGAUUUGAAAGGAUGAAGAACCUUCAUUCAAGAAAACAAACAGAACACCAAUUCACAGUGCUGCAGUGUAACAGUUAAAUACCAUAUCUUAAGUUUUUCUUUAAUUUGCACAUGUGAUGUCUCAAUGAACCAAAUGCUUGUGUUGAAACUAAGGUUUUUGUUCACCUUGGACAAACAUGGAGAAAUGUCUUUUAAAAAGGAGCCAUUCUAGUGGUGGCUUAACAGGAAGAUACUAUGCCUAUAACAUGGAAAAACAUAAAUAUUUAAGGAAUUUGAGCUGUAUUUAUUAUUUUGAGACUGUGGUAGCUUUAUAAACUACUUCACCUUUGCUUUCUUCAUCUGUGGCGUAACUGGGACUCCUUGAAUGGAAUUGUAGCUCUGCAGGUUGGUUCAAAGCUAAUCUCUUGCCACAAGUUGGUUCUGGCUUGUGUUAUCCCUUACUUCAGAGCUAUGUUUCUCUCUGAAAUGGCUGAGGCAAAACAGACAUUGAUUGAGAUCAGGGACUUUGAUGGAGAUGCAAUAGAAGAUUUGGUGAAGUUCGUCUAUUCCUCCCGGCUUACCUUGACUGUCGAUAAUGUCCAGCCUCUCUUAUAUGCAGCCUGCAUUCUUCAGGUGGAGCUAGUAGCAAAAGCUUGCUGUGAAUAUAUGAAACUACACUUUCAUCCCUCAAACUGCCUGGCAGUGAGGGCCUUUGCAGAAAGUCACAACCGUAUUGACUUGAUGGACAUGGCUGACCGAUAUGCUUGUGAACAUUUUACUGAAGUGGUGGAAUGUGAGGACUUUGUGAGUAUGUCGCCUCAGCACCUCCAUAAACUCUUAUCUUCCAGUGAUCUGAACAUAGAGAAUGAGAAACAGGUUUAUAGUGCUGCUAUCAAGUGGCUUCUUGCUAAUCCACAGCAUCAUACUUCCUGGUUGGAUGAAAUACUUGCUCAGGUACGUCUGCCUUUGUUGCCCAUUUGUUUCCUUAUGGGCGUUGUGGCAAAAGAAGAGAUCAUCAAGCAGAAUCUAAAAUGUAGAGAUUUACUGGAUGAAGCAAGAAACUACCACCUUCACCUGAGCAGCAGGGCAGUGCCAGACUUUGAGUAUUCCAUCCGCACAACACCAAGGAAUGAGACUGCUGGUGUGCUAUUUUGUGUCGGUGGUCGAGGUGGAUCAGGUGACCCAUUUCGCAGCAUUGAAUGCUACUCUAUAAACAAAAACAACUGGUUCUUCGGUCCUGAAAUGAACAGCAGGAGAAGACAUGUGGGUGUAAUCUCUGUGGGAGGUAAAGUCUAUGCAGUAGGUGGGCAUGAUGGAAAUGAACAUUUAGGCAGCAUGGAAAUGUUUGAUCCUGUCACUAAUAAGUGGAUGAUGAAAGCAUCAAUGAACACCAAGAGGAGAGGAAUUGCUCUAGCCUCCGUUGGUGGACCCAUUUAUGCCAUAGGAGGGUUAGAUGACAACACUUGCUUCAGUGAUGUGGAGAGAUAUGACAUUGAAUCUGAUCGAUGGAGUGGAGUAGCGUCAAUGAAUACUCCCAGAGGAGGAGUGGGCUCAGUGGCCCUUGUGAACUAUGUGUAUGCUGUUGGUGGCAAUGAUGGUGUAGCCUCUCUCUCCAGUGUAGAGAGAUAUGACCCCCAUCUGGAUAAGUGGAUAGAAGUGAAAGAGAUGGGUCAACGAAGAGCAGGCAAUGGGGUUAGUGAACUCCAUGGUUGCUUAUACGUUGUAGGUGGCUUUGAUGACAACUCUCCAUUGAGCUCUGUUGAAAGGUUUGAUCCUCGCAAUAACAAGUGGGAGUAUGUAGCAGAACUUACAACCCCCAGGGGUGGAGUUGGCAUAGCAACGCUAAUGGGUAAAAUUUUUGCAGUUGGUGGUCAUAAUGGCAAUGCAUACCUGAACACAGUGGAAGCCUUUGAUCCAGUGAUGAACAGGUGGGAGCUUGUUGAAUCAGUUUCUCACUGCAGAGCUGGAGCGGGAGUAGCUGUGUGCUCUUGUCUUAGUAGUGAGAUCCGGGAUGUUGGUCAGGGAUCCAACAAUGUGGCUGAUUGUAUGUGAACUCAGAGUCAAGCCUCGAGCAACUCUUCAGAAGAUCCUGAUAAGACUCGAGGAUGGAGGGACAUGACCACAACAGCGUUGCUCUGGGGUUUUUAAUUAUUAUCCUAUGCCGUAGAUAAAUACUGAAUGACUCUUAUGUGUGAUAACUAUCAAAAGCUGAGUUCUAAUAUUCAAGUUUUCUGAAGCUUAUCUGAUUUAGAAAAGUCUGGGUAAACAUAAAAUAAGGACCCUGGUUUUUAUUUCAAAGCAGAUAUCGCCGUAACUUUCUAUUUGAGGGGCAUUAUUCUGGAGCAUUCAUAAUUAAAUAAAAUAUAUAUAGGCUGUGGUUAAAGAGUUGCACUUUGAAUUGUUGAGCCUUAAACUACUUCCCUCCCACCCACCCCCCAAAAAAACUUUGAUUCUGGGAUACAUGCUAGAGUAUGUUUUUAAUAUGUACAUUCUGAUAAAAUACAAGAGAGCCUUAAAAAAAGCCCAGUUCUAUAGCACUUUAGACAGGAAUAAAGCAUUUCAGCCUUUUGGAGGUUAAUUUCCCUGUUGUAUACCUGAGGAAACUCAGGUAUAGAGGUUCAUUACCUGACUGUCAGGGGGCUGAAAAGCAGGUGCUGAGCAUCUCUGAAAAUCAAAUUAGUUUCUCUUGUUACAGAGCUGAGAAUAAAAUCCAGAGAUCUGGCCUGCUUAUGUGGGAUUCAGCCACUGGAACAUGUUUCCUCUCUUAUGCCUCCAAGGAAACGUAUAUUAAGAACCACCUGCAAUAGGAAACUCCUUAAGAGUGAAAGCACGUGUGAGGCUUCCUGUAUAAUUGUCUUAUUUUAAUAGAAAUGGUUUAUUUAGACAGGCAGAGUUUACUGGUCCUUUAUUACAAAUUACUGUAUUCCUAGAAACAGGAAUGCACAAUGGGGAAGAAGUUACAAUAUCAAAUAAAACCCACCCUUUUUCUAAGUAAUUUUCAGUGGCUUACAUGUUCAGUUUUAGUAAUCCAGUGACAUGGUGUGAGGUUAGCACCACUUUCAAAAAAAAGUACAGAUGUGAUGGUUUCAGACACAAACAGGCUUAAUUAUCUUGUGGAUAUUCUAGGCUGAGACCCAGAAUGAAACAUCUUCAAAUGAAGAAUUGCAGCUGUUGGAGUCUAAAGUCUCUUUAAACAAAAGGAAGUUAGUAGCAGCACAAAUGAGAUACAUCAAGGGAUUAACAGUCUUUCCUGUUUGUCAGAUGCAGUGAUAAAUUCAAAUUCAAAAAUAGACCUAAACUGUGCUGUCAUUACAGCCUAUUGCCCCACUGAAAUACCAGGAACCUAUAUUUAAGCCCUUAAUUAGCUGUAUUUAGUGUAUAAUUGUAUAUAAAUAUUUAUUUAAAAUUUGUUUGUAACUUUAAAUGUGUUUGGGAACCUCUUUCAGGCUUUUCAAGGUUAUUACCUCAACCAUUAUUUAUAACAUGGUUCCUGUUGGUAAAACUGAGACGUUCAUAGGAACCUUUUACAUCUUGUGUAGGGGCUUGCCUUUGUCUCAGUAGCAUGAAGUGGUACGCUCCUAUUCAAACUGUCUUCAUUUUGUUGACUGAUUUGCAGUUAAGGUUUAAACAGCCUUUAAAUUCAACUUUAUUUUUAUUAUGUAUUUUUGGUAAGUCUGACCUUUUGAUUUAACUUGACAGGACAGAAUUGUUAAAACUUGAAUUGCCUCAGUCUUAAUGUUUAACAAUUUUAAAGAGUGUUCUUCCCUUGGGAGUUAACCUAGCUUCAUUUUGGUGUGUAGCUUAAUCUAUUGGAAUUGUAUUUUUGAUUAUCCAGUGCUGACCAUGUAGUGGCCACCUCAAACAUUCAUCACUUAUUUCCUCUUGGUUGAUAUUCUACAUCAAAUUAAAAUACUGAUGAGGGAGGUAUAGGGAUACUCUUAGAAUUUCUUAGAGGGCAAGAUAACCUCAGUUGACUUGGCAGAAAACCAAACCAGCAGUGAAGGGAAGAAA